UAACAGCAAAACACGUGGAGGGCACGUGACUCAUCUUUCCCUCAUUAUUAUAAGAUGCGGCGAAUUGGGGAUUAGACCUUCUGAGAAGUUCUCCCCUGUUUCUUUUCCGAUCAAAUCUCUGCUCUCUCUCAAAAAAAGUUUUAGACAGCUUGACCUUCAUGAGUUCAAGACGCUCGUUGGCAUAUAGUGUUUCCUGUGCGUCGGGAAACAAGAGCGACUUCUCUGUUUUAGUUCUCCCAGAAUUUUUGGGUGGCCCUGUUGUCUGUGUAAACUUCCAGUUGUUCAAGGCCAUUGUCAGGGUUCCUUCUUCAUCCAUUCUCUUGGAGAUUUGUGGAGGGAGCCAGCCUUAGCUGGAACUGUGUUUCUUUUUUGAAAAAAAUAUAUCUUUUGCUGUUGCUGAGAAUUCUGGGCCAUGGUUUCUUCUCAGAUACCGGGUCUGACCAAGACCAAUGUCCAAAAAACUUUCAAGAAGCAAUUGCUUCUGCCCAUGGGUCCGCCUGAUGUUGUUCCCUCUGAGCAUGUGGAAUUCGAUUUUUCUGAUGUUUUUGGUCCAUCCCCAACUCCAACCUCUACGGGAGUAAAUGUGUUUGCUUCUGAUGGCUCCACACCUGCUGCAUCAGAUGACAUAGUUUACACUGAACCAGCGGUAAUUUUGGCUCGUUCUCAUUCUCUGGUGGGGCCAACAGCUCUUGUUUGCCAAUCCCCGCGGCUCCGCAAACACAUAUUACAUGAGGCUGAUUUGGAACUUGUAGAGUGUCCAUCAGGAGUGGAAGGGGAACAAGAUAAGCCGUUCUCCUGCGUUCCUGAAGAACAUGAAGUGCCAUCUUCUGAGAAUGUUGAAAGAGUGGGACUUGAAGAUUUUGAUUUCUUGAAGGUUGUUGGGCAAGGUGCAUUUGGAAAAGUUUUUCAGGUGAUGAAAAAAGGAACAUCAGAAAUAUAUGCUAUGAAGGUUGUAAGAAAGGACACAAUCCUAGAAAAGAAUCAUUCUGAAUACAUGAAAGCUGAGAGGGAUAUAUUGACUAAGAUCGAUCAUCCAUUCAUUGUUCAGCUCAGAUACUCUUUCCAGACAAAAUAUCGAUUAUACCUUGUGCUAGAUUUUGUUAAUGGGGGACACCUUUUCUAUCAGCUAUAUCAUCAAGGCUUAUUCAGAGAGGAUUUGGCUCGCAUUUACACUGCUGAAAUAGUGUCUGCUGUAUCCCACCUUCAUGCAAAUGGCAUAAUGCAUAGGGACCUCAAACCUGAGAACAUUCUUCUGGGUGCUGAUGGCCAUGUCAUGUUGACUGACUUUGGUCUAGCAAAGGAAUUUGAAGAAAACACUAGAUCGAACUCCUUGUGUGGGACAAUUGAGUACAUGGCACCAGAAAUAAUUCAGGGAAAGGGCCAUGAUAAGGUUGCCGAUUGGUGGAGUGUUGGAAUCUUGCUGUUUGAAAUGCUAACUGGCAAGCCUCCUUUCAUUGGUGGUAAUCGGGAUAAAAUUCAGCAGAAGAUUGUGAAGGAUAAGUUGAAGUUGCCAGCUUACUUGACUAGUGAGGCUCAUUCGCUGUUGAAAGGGUUAUUACAGAAAGAAGCAAGCAAGCGUCUUGGCGGAGGACCUGCUGGCAGCAACGAGAUAAAGAAUCACAAGUGGUUCAAGUUGAUAAACUGGAGGAAGCUCGAAGCUCGCGAAAUACAACCGAGCUUCAAGCCAAAUGUAGCAGGCAAAAUAUGCGUCGCCAACUUUGAAGAGCGCUGGACAAGCAUGCCCUUAACAGUUUCUCCUGUAGCCAGCCCAGUUGCUGGAAGCGGCAACUUCAGUGGGUUCACUUAUGUGAAGCCGUCGGUGUUUCUUCAGAAGCCGAGUCCUCUUGGUUGAGUCCUUGUUUGAUUUACUAGCUGUAUCGCUUUUGAGAAGUUUGGUUUGUUUGAUAUUUUAUAGUAGUUCGCUCUUAGGUUUGUUUGGCGCCUUCAUGGUGGUAUAUUUGCCAUCUUUUAAGGUUGUUCAAACUGGAAUCUGUCAUGUGCAAGUGUUAAUUUAAGCGAGAAGGUAGGUAUGUAAUUAUGACUGCAAGUAUUAUUCUGCCUGCUAAAGGAAAAUAUAAUGCUACGAGUAUUAUAUGGGUUCUUUGUAA